AUGGAGGAAGCCAAAGUCCAUCUCCUGCGAGUCUCCCCUCCAUUUCCAGGCGGUUUUGAUACUGCUUCAGUCGUGCCAAAUGCAAAGGGCAUGUCUGAUCAAGAAAUGCAAGAAAUUGCCGCAAGACACAACCACAUAAGUGGGUUCGUCUUCCCUGCACCGGCAGGCGCAGACUAUCUCGACUACGAGAUCCGCUUCUCGGCUCCAUACUACGAAGUAGAUAUGUGCAGCCAUGCAAUGAUCGGAACAGUGUGGCUACUAUCAAAGCUUGGAAUGAUGCCGCGGGACGACGUCCGUAUGAUAACCAAGGGCGGUCAUAUUGAAGCAAGAAUCAAGAAAAUUACAGACAAUACUGACAGCGCAGAGGAUAGCAUCUGGGUUGAAUUCUUCCACCCGAAACCUGCCUUCCUUAGUGAUGUGAGUCCUGAACACGCCAAAGCCAUACUGUCUGAUUUGGAUAUUUCGAGAGACGACAUGGAACCUGGAUUGCCAAUCCAGAAUGUUGGCACACACAAAGUGAAGACGCUGCUUGCGGUCAACUCGGUUGAAACAUUGAAUUCUUUGGAGCUGGAGCACCGUCGUGUCAAGAAGCUUUGUAACAAGGUUAAAAGCACUGCGUUGUAUGUGUAUGCUAUCGUCGAUCGCAGACAGCAUGUGUAUGAAGCGAGGCAGGUCCCUAGACAUGCGGGAUAUUGGGAGGAUACUGCGAGUGCCUUGGCUUUUGUGCUGCUGCUGAAUUGUUUUAUCAAACAUGCUGAUCCGAAAAUCAAGAUUAGGCAGGGUUCGAGCGAGGGCCGUUCUUGUGAGACUAACGUGAGGUUUAGGAGGAGGGGGGAUGAGCUCGUCGGCACUUGGAUUGGAGGUACCGCCGAGUUUGAGACUGAGAAGGAAGAGAUCGAGAAAGAGGAGACCAAGAAAGAGGAGACCAAGAAAGAGGAAACCGAGAAAGAGAAGACUGAGAAAGAAGAGACUGAAAAAGAGGAGACCGAGAAAGAAGAGACUGAGGAAGAAGAGACUGAGGAGACAAAGACCACAGAGGACGAUACUUGGUAG